GCUCUAGUAGUAGAACAAACAAGGUCUAAAAAGUGAAGAAUCCAAAACAGCAAAAAGGUUUUCUCCAAUUCCCCACCCAAUUCGCGAAAUCCCCAAGAACCCUUUCCCCAUACAAUUAAUUUCGUGUGAUUUCGUCGAAAUUCACCCCGCCCUCUCAUAUUCUUCUUCCCUUUUUCCUCUCUGAAUAUCAUAGCCAUAGGAGUAUUUUGUUUAUUGAACUUCCGCCGUUUGUAUUUUGGGAUUUCCCUCUGUUUCCUUUUUUCCAAUCAAAUCAACUAUGUAAACAUCCAUUCCAUGCAUACAUGAUUCGGCAAUAUCCAGCAAAACCUGGCAAAUUUCUACUACUUCAAUGGGGGCCUUAACGAGUUAUCGAAAACGCGGUGACGAUUGUUUCACCUUGAAUUACAAAAUCCCAGCUUCAAACGUUGACCCUCACAUUUCCAAAAAACCUAGGCUUUCUAUGAACCAAACAACGCUAGAUCACCACUCUUUUCCCACCAAAACAUCAACAGCGACACGGCUUUUCAUCAAAUACCCAUCUUUUAUCACUCCCAUUAAAAGGGAAAUUCAUGCUCCUUGUAGAAGGCCAUCUUCUUCAAGAUUUGGAGGUGGGUCCCACUCAAUAAUGGGGAAUUUCUUAGUUCAGCAGUUAUAUAGAACUAAAAGAAGCGCUAUUAAAACCUUAAGGUACUUGAAGAAAAAAGAUAAAGAAGUGUUAAUAAACAUUGAUGAUGAUGAUGGGGAUUCACAUGUUGAGGAAUUGGGAACUGGGGUUGUUCCAAAAACGGGUCUUUUUGACGGGUCGGGUCAGAGAAGGAAGGAGAGUAAUGCAAAAACGGGUCUUUCUAAUGGGUCAGGUGGGAGAUGGAAGGAGAGUGAUGGUAUUAUUGAAAUAUUGGAUAAUUCUGAUGAUGGUGUUGUUACGGAUGUGCAGCUUCAGAGUUCUUCAGUUGUAACAGUGUCCGAUGACGAUGUGAAUUUGUUGAAGGUGGAGAAUGCAGAAAAGAUGAUGGACUCGUUAUCUUUGAGUAGUAGCAAGUUUGAUGAUUCAUCUUCAUCAGCAUCCUUUGUUCCUUCGUAUAAGAAAUUGUUGGAUUCAGCUGAGAAAAGAAAUGAUAGUUUAAAUAGCCUGCAGUUUCACAUUGAGUAUACUGAGAAAAUUCUUGAAACAUAUAAGUUGUUGAGGCCUCAAAAGAAAGAUGAACAAUAUGUUAAGGAGGAUGUGAUUACAGAACCCUUUGUGCAACUUGAUAAGGAGGAAGAGGCUGAAGUUUCUCAUGCUUUAUCUAAUUAUAGCAGGAGGAAGGUUUUGGUAACCCAUGAAAACUCCAAUAUAGAUAUUACUGGAGAGAUAUUGCAGUGUUUGAGACCUGGGGCAUGGUUGAAUGAUGAGGUGAUUAAUGUGUAUCUUGAGUUGUUAAAAGAGAGAGAGAAAAGGGAGCCCCAAAAGUUCUUGAGAUGUCAUUUCUUUAACACAUUCUUUUACAAGAAGUUAAUCAGUGGCAAGGGAGGCUAUAACUAUCAAUCUGUGAAAAGAUGGACAUCCCAAAGGAAGCUGGGGUACAGCCUCUUUGAAUGUGAUAAAAUUUUUGUCCCUAUCCACCAAAAAACACAUUGGUGUUUAGCUGUCAUCAACAAGAAGGAUGAAAAGUUCCAGUAUCUUGAUUCACUUGGAGGAAGAGAUAAUAAAGUACUGAGAGUGCUGACUAGGUACUUUAUUGACGAGGUGAAGGACAAGAAUGAGAAAGAUAUUGAUGUUAGCUCGUGGAAGCAAGAAUUUGUAGAGGACCUCCCAGAGCAAAAGAAUGGGUUUGACUGCGGUAUGUUCAUGAUCAAAUAUGCUGAUUUCUACAGCAGAGAUAUAGGACUCCGUUUUAGUCAGGAACAUAUGCCGUAUUUUAGGUCAAGGACUGCCAAGGAGAUCUUAAGGUUGAAAGCAGAGUAAAAAGACUCUUUGCUGCAGUGUUAAAUAUCCUAUGUCAGCAAAGGAUGACUACGUAGUUCGUUGGAAUGAUUGAUGCAUUGCUAACAAUUCCUUGAAGGCCUUGUCUGAUUUGUCUAUAUGGUAGUUUAAGAUCCAGCUAGUUACUGUCUGAUGAAGGCGUGAUUUUGUAGGUUGAGGUUGAAAGUGCUUUAGGUUUUUUUUCCCUUUUCCUUUUUGUGUAGGUCUUUACAUUUCUCACAUAUAGUACCUGAAAUCAACUUUCUUUUGGAGAAAUCUCAGAAGUUGUAAUCACGAGAUUCUAUCUAUUUUCAUCAAAGAAAUGAACUUUCAGGAUUUCAUUUGUAUGAUCUUCUGUUAUUUAGGUAUGUAUAGGCAUGUCCAGCACGCGUUUGGUUUGCAUUGUAUUUUCUGUGACAAAAAAUUCUUGUCAUCUGAAAUCAACUGGUGUUAAUUUUUUACUUGGCACUUAAGUUUGGUGUCUA